ACGCUACAAAAUAUUUAAUUUUAGAAUUUGGUGAAACCUCAUGAGUUUUCAUUAAUAACUAGCGAAAAAAAAAACAAAAAAAAAAACUGUAUGAAUUUUUUACAAAUUCCAUUAAAAUUCAUAGCGAUUGACAGAAAUGAAUGCAACUGACAUAGAUCCCAGUUUGUAUAAUGUUGAUGAACUAGUACCACCGGCAUGGAUGGAUAGAGAGUUUCUCGAAAAAGUUUUAAAAACAACAAAAAAAGAUGACUUCCAUGCAAUCAUUGAAUAUAAUAUUGGUCCAGCUACACUUAAAGGUGAUCAUGUAGCCAGUAUUAUGUUCCGAGGUGUCGUGCAAUAUUUAGACAAAUCAAAUACUAAACAAGAAAUAUCAUUAAUAAUUAAGACAAUGCCAGUAAUUGAAGGUGGUAAAAAAGACUUAUUGGAUGGCUCAACAUUUUUUGAGGUUGAAAUUAAAAUAUUUCGUGAUGUAAUUCCAAAAUUUGAAGAAAUGUUAAGAUCAGUUGGUGAUAAUACAAAAUUAGCUGCAAAUAUGCUCUACUAUGCGUUAAGUCCACAACAAGUUAUUGUACUAGAAGAUUUAACAAGAAUGGGGUAUUCAGCUAUUGGUCAAAGGAAAACUACAAUGGAAGAAGCAAGAAUGGCAUUAGAAAAGUUAGCAAAAUGGCAUGCAUGUGGUUAUAUACUCAAUAAAGAGACAAAUGGCAGUUUAGAAAAAUUUGUUAAUGGAGUUUUUAAUAUGCCUGGGAUGGAUAAAAAUGAUUGCUUUACUAAAGCAACUGAAAGAUUAGCUAGAUUGGCUCGUGAAACACCAAAACUUCAAUAAUAUGCUGACAAAUUAGAUCAAAUCAAACAUUUGGUAUUUCCAAAAACUCGAGAUCUCUAUAAGUUAUGCAAAAACAAGGGUCGUAUUAAUGUUUUAGGGCAUGGAGAUUUUCAUUCAAAAAAUUUAAUGUUCAAAAUCAGUUCAAGGACAAAAUUAACUGAAAAAAUAAUGCUGAUUGAUUUUCAAGCAUCUGUAUGGUGUUCUAUGGCUGUGGAUUUAUUAUACUUUAUUUAUUUGACAAUUGACGCAAAAUUUAUAGAACAAUCUUUUGAUACAUUAAUUUAUGGUUACUUCAACAAAUUCCGUGAAGCAUUAAAGUUAUUGAAUUAUAAAGGAAAAUUACCUAAAUUUUCUGAUUUGCAAAUUGAUUUAUUAACGGUACGUCGAGUUGAGAUUUAUUUAACAGCAACAUUUUUACCAUUUAUGGUCUGCCUAGUUGAACAUCCGGAAAUUGAAUCAAAUGACAUUUUAUCAAAUGUUGAAAAACAAUAUGACUUAUUAUAUAAAUCCCAGAUGUAUAUUGAUUUAGUCGAGCCAAUAUUAGAACGUUUCUUAAAUCGAGGAUACUUUGAGAGUCUACUUGAAGAUAA